GCGCGGCCGUCCUCUUCCUCUUUAAGAAGGGCCUUUCGUUUCUCUGCGAAUUUAGGGAAAUUUGUGAUUUCAGGGUCAGGGGGUGACGGUGCAUCUGUUGGCUGCUGCUGGAAAUCCGUCCCUUUCCACGCCGUUGCUCAUACUAUUAACUCACUUCACCAAAUUUUCUAAGCUUGUGAUACGACCCUAACUUUCUACCAGCUUCCUCUCAUGGCGUCAAAACGUAUACUGAAGGAACUCAAGGAUUUGCAGAAGGACCCUCCUACGUCUUGCAGUGCCGGUCCUGUAGCUGAAGAUAUGUUCCAUUGGCAAGCAACAAUCAUGGGACCCCCAGAUAGCCCAUAUGCGGGAGGCGUAUUCCUGGUUACUAUUCAUUUUCCUCCAGAUUAUCCUUUUAAACCUCCUAAGGUUGCAUUUAGGACCAAGGUCUUCCACCCCAACAUCAAUAGCAAUGGGAGCAUUUGCCUAGACAUCCUUAAAGAACAAUGGAGUCCUGCUCUUACCAUCUCAAAGGUCUUGCUCUCCAUCUGCUCUUUGCUAACGGACCCAAAUCCUGAUGAUCCACUUGUGCCUGAGAUUGCUCACAUGUACAAAACUGAUCGAAACAAGUACGAGUCCACUGCUCGCAGCUGGACACAGAAGUAUGCCAUGGGAUGAUGUCAGAAGUCCUGUCUCUGAAGGAAUGUGUAGACCAGACCAUAUGUUUUUCCUCUUUUUUCAGCAAAAUUCGUGUUCGUGGACAGUUUGAUUAGAAAUCUCAAAGACUCUGGGCUUUGUGAAAUGUAAUUCCAGGGACGUCAAAAGGGGGGCUAAACUGUAACUGUAUUAGAAGGGUGCCUUGUUGCUGCUUUCUUUUAGUUUGCUUGUCUAUUCUUGAAAUCCCUGAUUUUAUGCAAUCUAUAUUUUAUUUGGUGCAGAUCUCUUUA